GAGGGGCAGAGAGAGAUUUAAGAAUUGAUAGGUGGUCGAGUUGUGUUUGGCCGGUUGGAUAGGCGCAAGCAAAGUCGAGGAGCUUUAUUCCCCCUCUCUUGUGGGAUUACUGCCAGCGAUGGACAGAGAGAGGAAGGAGGAACAGCGGCUGGUAUUUCUUGAUUUCCACGGUUAUAAACGCGCAGAGCAUCGCAAAGGGACACUGACCUUUUAAUUAUCGCAUUAGCCUUUAACCGCGUUUGAAAUAUAGGAAACGUUAGUUACCCACGUGUUAUAAAGGUCCCCACGGUGAACGAGUUCAAAAAAGAGGCGCAACCAUGACGACCGAAAGCUCCAAGCAACAUUUGGAUCCAUCUAAUCUUCGCUCCAGUUCUGACGCUCUGAAUGCAGCUCUGCUGAGCGCACAGCCAGGGAUGGAGAGCGCGCACAAUGCAUCACCCAAGUGGAAAAAGGGAAACUCUGCCUUGAGACGCCCUGAAAAACCUCCCUACUCAUAUAUCGCACUCAUUGUGAUGGCUAUUCAAAGUUCACCGAGCAAAAGGCUUACUUUGAGUGAAAUCUAUCAGUUCCUGCAGGCCCGCUUCCCUUUCUUCAGGGGAUCAUACCAGGGAUGGAAAAACUCUGUCAGACACAACCUGUCUCUGAACGAGUGUUUUAUAAAGCUGCCUAAGGGUCUCGGUAGACCUGGCAAGGGUCACUACUGGACCAUCGACCCGAGUAGUGAGUUUAUGUUCGAGGAGGGCUCCUUCCGUCGCAGACCUCGCGGGUUCCGUAGGAAAUGCCAAGCUUUGAAACCAAUGUACAGGAUGAUGAAUGGAAUCGGGUACGGGGCGUCCAUGCUGCCGCAAAACUUUGAUUUCCAAUCACCGUCAGGCUCAUUAGCAUGCCAUAACAGUUACAACAUAGAUCUGAUGGGUAAUACAGUGCCAGGUGGUUUCGAGGGACUCGGAGGAGGACAUCACGUCCCACAUUUGUCAUCAGGCUCCGGGUCAUCGUACAUGGCCGCAUGUCAGGUGGCCUCUAAUUCGGACUAUUUCCCGGACAGCAGCAGCAGCCCUCUGCAGUCCUCCCAAUCGAUGGUAGGCACUUUGGACUGUCAGUCUCCUUAUGCAAAUGCAGCCUCACACUGGAGUUCACCUGGUGUAUCUUCAUACAUCAAACAGCAGUCGCUGGCAUCAAGCAGUCCCACCUCUUCUGCUCUGCACACAGGGAUGUCAUCCUACUCUCUGGAUCAAGGCUAUCUGCACCAUAAUGCACGAGAUUCCUCUGAGAUUUCAGCGGGACUGUCUCGAUACUCAGCUCCUGUGUGUGACAGGAAGGACUUCGUUUUGAACCUAAAUGGAAUCUCCUCUCUCCACCCCAGCACCGGCGGAUCUUACUAUCAUCAGCUCCAUCACCAUCACCAAAGUGUCUAUCAGGAUGUAAAGCCAUGUGUCAUGUGACAAAAACACCGAAGACACUUAACUGUCGAGAAGGUUGAUGCUAAAUGUAGCCUAUCCCUCGAGUGGAGUUAUUUUGACCCAAUCUCUGGUGAAAAUGGCUAUUACAUGAUUCCCUUCCAGUCACUGUCAGUGAACUUUGACCUCUUUUUUUUAACCGUUUAGUAAUGGCCACACACUCUCAUUACAUGCUGACUUUACACGUAUACAUAAGCAAUAGCAUUUUUUUUACGGGAAAAUACGUACACGUACCUGAGUUAAUCUCUGAUCACGCACUCAAUUUUGUGUUGGAGUUGUUGGAAUUGUUGCUGAUUUCCUGCAGCAGGUCAUAAAAGAGAUUCAUUUUUAAAGGAUCAUUUGGAAGUGUUUUAGCAAUAAAAGUUUUUUUUUGUACACAAA